AUGAGUACCCCAACUACACCAAGAAAGCAAAGAAUUAUCAACUGUGUGACGCAACUACCAUUCAGAAUACAAUUAAACCCCACAAACACAGACUGGCAAAUCCGUUCUACCACAGGUAACAGUGCUCUAUAUUCCUCUUUAAAAUAUUUAUCUAAGGACUGUCCUGAAUACGAUCAUCAUAUCGUAGGUUGGACUGGUGAAAUUACUAGAUUUGGUGGAGCUGCCAUCAAUGGAAAAAUUCAAUCUGAUGCUAACAAUGAAUUGGCAAGUUCCACCGCAGGUGAUGAUACUGGUGUUUCUUUGAGUCAAUACCAUUUGAAUAAGAAGCAGGAAGCCGCUGCUGGUGCAGAUGAUGAAAAUGUUAAUGAUGAAGAAGAUCCUUUAUAUUUGACCGCUGAACAAAUGGAUGGUUUGAAACAAACUAUUCAAGAUGAUAAGAUUCAUCCGGUUUGGCUCUUGAGAAGAAAUCAAAGUAGAUGGAGAAAUUAUGCAGAGAAGGUUAUUUGGCCUUGUUUCCAUUAUAUUUUAAAUCCAAGUUCUGACACGGGGGAUCAAGAAAAUGAUUGGUGGUAUGAUUAUGUCAAAUUUAAUGAAGCAUAUGCUCAAGAUAUUGGAGAGAUUUACCAAAAGGGUGAUAUUAUUUGGAUUCAUGAUUAUUACUUAAUGCUAUUACCUCAAUUGUUAAGAAUGAAAUUUAAUGAUGAUGAUUUAACUAUUGGGUACUUUCAUCAUGCUCCAUGGCCAAGUAAUGAAUACUUCCGCUGUAUAUCAAGGAGAAAACAAAUUUUAGAUGGGUUAGUUGGUGCUAAUAGAAUUUGUUUCCAAAAUGAUACAUUUGCUCGUCAUUUUGUCUCUAGUUGUAAAAGAUUAUUGGAUUCCACUUCCAAAAAGACAACGAAUGAAGAUGGAGCUGAUCAGUAUCAAAUUAGUGCAUAUGGUGGUGAUUUAGUAGUAGAUGCUUUGCCUAUUGGUGUUAAUACUCGUGAAUUAUUAGAAGAAGCGUUCACUAAAGAUAUCGAUGAAAAAGUCCUUGCCAUUAAAGAAGCAUAUCAAAACAAGAAAAUUAUUAUCGGUAGAGAUCGUUUAGAUACUGUUCGUGGUGUAGUACAAAAAUUAAGAGCUUUUGAAACAUUUUUAGCAAUGUAUCCAGAAUGGAGAGAUCGUGUUGUUUUAAUUCAAGUUAGUGGUCCAACUGCAAAUAAAGAUUCUCCUCAAACUAUUAGAGUGGAACAGCAAGUCAAUGAAUUAGUUAAUACUAUAAACAGUAAAUAUGGUACAUUGGAUUUCUCACCUGUUCAACAUUAUUAUAUGAGAAUUCCUAAAGAUGUUUAUCUAUCACUAUUAAGAGUUGCUGAUUUAUGUGUUAUUACAAGUGUCAGAGAUGGUAUGAAUACUACUGCUUUAGAAUAUGUUACAAUUAAAUCGAAUGUGUCCAAUUUCCAAUGUUAUGGUAAUCCAUUAAUCUUAAGUGAAUUUUCAGGUUCAAGUACAUUACUAAAGGAUGCUAUAAUGGUUAAUCCAUGGGAUUCAGUUGCUGUUGCCAAAUCAAUUAAUAUGGCUUUAAAUCUAAGUCGUGAUGAAAAAAUUACCCUAGAGACAAAAUUGUGGUCAGAAGUCCCAACUAUUCAAAAUUGGACUGAAAAAUUCUUGACUUCAUUGAAAGCAAUCAGUAAUUCUGAAAAUUCAACCUCAUCAGAUGGUACUGGUAAAGAUGGUAGUAAAAAAAUGACACCUGCUUUGAAUAGACCUAUCUUGUUAGAAAAUUAUAAAAAAGCUGAACGUCGUUUAUUUUUAUUUGAUUAUGAUGGUACUUUAACACCAAUUGUUCAAGAUCCUGCUGCUGCCAUUCCAACUGCAAGAUUAUAUAAUAUAUUAACUAAAUUGGCAAGUGAUCCAAAGAAUCAAAUUUGGAUUAUUUCUGGUCGUGAUCAAAAAUUCUUAAACAAAUGGUGGGGUAGUAGAUUACCACAACUAGGUUUGAGUGCUGAACAUGGAUGUUUUGUUAAAGAUGUUGAUAGUGAGGCAUGGACUAAUUUAGCAGAAAAAGUGGAUAUGUCAUGGCAAUUAAAAGUUGGUAAGACUAUGGAAGAAUUUACUAAUCGUGUUCCUGGUGCCUUUGUUGAAAGAAAGAAAGUUGCUUUAACUUGGCAUUAUAGACGUGUUGUUCCUGAACUAGGUGAAUAUGCAGCAACUGAAUUAAAGAAGGAGUUAUUGAAAUAUACAGACGAUUAUGAUUUAGAAGUUAUGGAGGGUAAAGCUAAUGUUGAAGUACGUCCAAGGUUUGUCAACAAGGGUGAAAUUGUUAAAAGAUUAAUUUGGCAUGAACAUGGAGAGCCACAAGAUAUGGUUAAAGGUAUUGAUCAAAAUAUCUCCUUAGAUAAAAUGCCAGAUUUUGUGUUAUGUCUUGGUGAUGAUUUUACAGAUGAAGAUAUGUUCAAACAAUUGAAUUGUAUUGAAAAAACCUGGGAAGAGAAAUAUCCAGAAAAGCAUAACGAAUGGGGUAAUUUUGGAUUUUAUCCUGUUACAGUGGGGUCAGCAUCCAAGAAGACAGUUGCUAAAGCCCAUUUAACUGAUCCACAACAAGUGUUAGAAACAUUAGGGUUGUUAGUCGGUAAUGUUUCAUUAUUUCAAAAUGCUGGUACUGUUGAUUUAGAUGAAAGAGGUCACGUAAAGAAUAGUGAGAGUAGUUUGAAGUCAAAAAUAGCAUCUGUGGCCUAUGCAAUGAAAAGAUCUGCAUCUCAAAACAGCGUUGUUAAAGGAUGA